GAGGUUCAGCAAUCAAGACACCCAACAACACCGAGUGAGCUUUAACUGCGCUCCACCACUCCAUCUUGAGCUGAAACAGAGAGCUGUCUUCUCCGUUGGGGUUGGACGAUUCGCUGCAUUUGUGCCGCCGCCAUGGCCCCGCGCAGCGGCGAGUGAGGCUAAGCUCGGUUAGCAUCCAAGAACCACCUGUUCGACGGGUUGUCUAACCAGUGCAAGGCCCAUCCAUGCCCGGCGGCGAAGACCGGAUCAGCGCUCUGCCGGACGGCGUUCUCCAGCACGUCCUUGGCUUCCUGCCGGCGCAUGACGCCGUCCAGACGAGCGUGCUCGCCGGUCGCUGGCGCCACGCGUGGAGAUCCAUCCGUCGCCUGCACCUCAGCCCCGAGGACUGGUGGGACAGGGGCAGCCCCGAACAUCUGAAGAAUUUCUUCGACGCUCUGCUAUCCCCCGGCGGCCAUGACUCGAUUCUGGAGGAGGCCAAGCUGGACUUCGAUGGAUUGGUCGAAGAUUGCGCGCACGCUGAAGUCUGGAUCCGACGAAUUUUGUCGGGCCAAGCUCAGGUGCUCGAUGUCUCCUUCGCCACACUGGAAAACCCUCCUCUGGUCUCCCGACACCUGAGAAAACUGGAGCUCACUGAAAUGAUUUUAGAAGGAGAUGUUCUUGAUUUCGCGAGCUGCCCAGCAUUGGAGGAUCUUAAGAUGGCAGAUUGCAGAUUAUAUCUUGACAAGAUCUCGUCCCAGUCGGUGAAGCGUCUCAACAUCGACAGCUGCUACUUCUUCUGUGAUUGUCGGCCUAGUAUAUCAAUCCCUAGUCUCCUUUGGCUGCUCCUUGAUUCUUGUAUAGUUCCUUUUCUUGGAAGCAUGCCUUCACUGGAAACAGCAUUUGUGAAACCUGCAGCAUACUCGAGAGAUUGCUGCAUAAGAGGUGCUUUUAAGGAAUGCUGUGGCAUUUGUGCAGAAUGUACUGGUGAUGGUGACCAUGGCAGCCGCUGCGUGCUUCUCGGAGGUCUGGCCAGUGUUAUACAUUUGGAACUGGUAGCUGAACCUGGAAUGCUUAUAUUUGGAAGGGAUUUGAGGUGGUGUCCUACAUUUAGUAACUUGAAGACAUUGUUGCUGAAUGAGUGGUGUGUGGCUAUUGACUUCCGUGCAUUACUUUGCAUUCUCGAGCAUUCACCCGUUCUUGAGAAGCUCAUUCUUCGACUAUCUAAGAGACGGGAGUUUAUUACUGUGCUGAGCUAUCCAAUGGAAAAAUUACCUGCAAUAUCCAAACAUCUUAAUAUUGUGGAAAUCAGAUGCAGAGAUGUUGAUGGGAGGGUUUGCAGGAUUUUAAAGUUGUUGAGUCGUUUUGGCAGUGCCAUGCAGAUUAGCAUCAAACUGGUUUCGCAACUAUCCACAUGCUUUAGUUUCGAGACAUGGCUUUGGCACUUUCCGGCCAAUGAUGACGAUGAAUGCAAUAUAAUUGUGCAAGGCUAAAGUCUGGUCUUUUGUCUCUGCAAGUGCAACGUUGCACUGUUUUCAAUCUUACAAGAAUCCUCUUAGAAACAGCAUGGAAUGAGCUGUACAACUUGUUUGCGCUAUCUCAGCUAGUUGGACCUGGUUUAUCAUCGUGAUGUGUCGUGUUCUUUUGGUUAGAUGCAAAUGUUCCGCUGUCUGUGGUUUGCCUUUACUUUCAGUGUAGUUCCUUAACCCAAAAACAUAUUAUAUCGUUUCAAAUGUACCAACUUGUUUGUGCUAUCUUUGCAAAUGUGUACCCCUCAGCUAGUGAUUUUAUUGGUAAAUUUA